AUGUCUUACGAGGACCUCAAGUUCACAGAGUUGAUGGACUCAACUUUCAGAAAGGACUCCUUCGGAGUAUGGAUGGCACCUGUACCAUUCAAAAGUGAAAGGACACGGCUUCCUAACAACAGACCACAAGUAUUGCAAAGAGCUCAACAACUGGAGUCAAAUCUCAAAAGGAAUCCCGAGAAACUGAACCACUUCAUUAUCUUCAUGGAUAAGGUCUUCAGAAGCCAAGCAGCAGAGCGGGCACCUGUUCAACAGGACGAUGGUAUUUACCAAUUUUUAGGGAAGGAUGAAUGUGCAAUUACAGCGGACAUUGAACAGAUGUUCUACAGAUUCUUUGUCAUACCCGAGCAUAGAGACUUUCUGCGGUUCUUCUGGUUUGAAGACAAUGACCCCAAUUCUCCAAUGGUUGAGUAUCAUGAUGCACUGAAAUCUACAACCUUACCUGAAGCAGCUGUGAGUUUACUCGAACGCACCAAAAGAGUCUUACAGAAUGAAGGCCACAUCCGACUGCACAAAAUCGCAUCGAACAACAAAAGCGUGAUGUCUCAAUUUUCCAAGGAAGACCUUGGGAAGGAUCUCAAGGACUUAGAUUUGAGUGACGAUGCAUUGCCCUUACACCAGAGUCUGGGUUUAUCUUGGGACUUGAAUACGGACAAUUUUGUUUUCACAGCCACUAAUCUGAAUAGUUCAUUCACAAGGAGAGGAUUGCUUUCAGCAGUUAGCAGCAUUUUCGAUCCCAUAGGAUUUUUGGCACCCUUCACUGUUAAUGGAAGAAUGUUAUUGAGAGAAACUUGUCCACAAGGCUUUGACUGGGAUGAUCAACUUCCUGAAACACAUCAGAAACGUUGGCAGAAUUGGAUGGAUGACCUGAAUCUGUUAGAUGGAUUUCAAAUUCCCAGAAUGUAUGUACCUUGUUCUUACAGUCAGAUGAAGGUAGGGGAAGUAGCCAUCUUUUCUGAUGCUUCAGAGAAGGCGGUAGCUGCGGCUGCUUAUCUGAAGACAAUGGAUGACCAGGGUCAACAACAUUUGGAGUUCAUUAUUGGCAAAUCCAAAUUGGCGCCUUCAGCUGGAAACAGUAUACCACGUUUAGAGCUCUGUGGGGCAGUUUUGGCGACAGAAAUUGGGCAAUUCCUUGCAGAACAGCUUGAGAUACCUCUGACUGAAAUGAGAUAUUUUGUGGAUAGCAGGGUUGUUUUUGGUUAUAUAAAGAAUGACACACGGAGGUUUUACACCUAUGUUAGCAAUAGGGUAGCCAGGAUUCGUCACAUUACCUCACCAGAACAAUGGAAUUAUGUGCCGACCCACUUAAAUCCUGCAGAUGUUGCUACAAGGGGUGUGUCACAAGACAUUUUGACGGACAUACAAACAUGGCUGAAAGGACCCGAGUACGGCACAUCUUAA